AUGGACAUGAGCUCCAAUCCAAACUUUGACCCUCACAUAAAUGGUUUUACAUGAGAUAAAUUUUUCCUAUGUAAAAUUAUGAUGCUCUCCAUAGCAAGAAGCAUAUCUUGUAAUCUACAAAUACAUUGCUUGCUUCGGAGCUACCUUAUCAGAUAACCAUGGGCGGUGUGGAGCUUGAGAAAUGUGUUACAGGGUGGGCAGCAAGAGACUCUUCUGCCCAUUUGUCUCCUUACAAAUUCACACUCAGGAACCCAGGACCCCAAGAUGUGAUGCUCAGAGUCAUUUAUUGUGGGAUUUGUCACAGUGAUUUGCAUCAGAUCAGAAAUGACUUGGGACUAUCUCGUUAUCCCAUGGUCCCUGGACAUGAAGUGGUAGGGGUUGUGACUGAAGUUGGCAAGGAAGUGGAGAAGUUCAAGAUAGGAGAGCAUGUGGGUGUGGGGUGUAUGGUUGGAUCAUGCAAGAGCUGCCAAGCCUGUGGUGAAAAAAUGGAACAGUAUUGCAAUAAGAAGAUUUGGAUCUACAAUGAUGUGUUCCCUGAUGGCAAGCCUACACAGGGAGGAUUUUCAAGUACCAUGGUAGUUGAUCAGAUGUUUGUUGUUCAUAUCCCUGAAAGUCUACCCCUUGAACAAGCUGCACCACUGUUAUGUGCUGGAGUUACAGUCUACAGUCCAAUGAAGCACUUUGCAACGACAGAGCCUGGCCAGAGAUGCGGAAUAUUGGGGUUAGGGGUUUAAGGCCACAUUGGUGUGAAGAUUGCCAAGGCCCUUGGGCAUCAUGUGACUGUUAUAAGUUCCUCUGAUAACAAGAGAGAAGAGGCACUUCAAGUCCUUGGUGCAGAUGAAUACAUUGUUAGCAAAGACACCACCCAGAUGCAGGGAGCAGCAGAGAGCCUGGAUUACAUACUAGACACCAUUCCAGCAUGCCACCCAAUGGAACCAUAUCUUUCCCUGUUGAAGAUCAAUGGAAAAUUGAUUAUCCUUGGGGUUACUAUGGAGCCAUUCACCUUUUCCUCUAACCGUUUAAUCCUUGGAAGGAAGAGCAUAAGUGGGAGUUGCAUUGGCAGCAUAGAGGAAACACAGGAAACUCUAAAUUUCUGUGCAGAGAAGAAAGUUUCAUGCCAGAUUGAGAUUGUGGGUAUGGACUACUUGAACGAAGCAAUGGAAAGACUAGAUAAGAAUGAUGUUCGUUACAGAUUUGUGGUUGAUGUGGGUGCUACCAAUCUAGAUAAGGAAUAAAGUUUAUCAUCCUCCGUCUAAGAUAAAUAUGUGCAGGAUUCAGUAUUCAUAAGGUUUUAAAACUGGUUUAGAAUUGUGUGCCAUUAAUAAUAUAUAUAUUUUGACCUGAUCCACCCAAUCCGAGAGCAAGCAUGAUCAAAAUUCUCCAAUCUUAAGGGGACUUGACACUUUCUUUUCUAAUAAGAUUUUAAGGUAUUUUAGUGCAUGGAGAUUAAUCACAGCAUUCAAAAGUAUUAUAAAAUUUUAAAAUU